AAAUACUUCUUUACACUAAAACGAACCAUCAAAUCCUGUAGUGACUAUGGUAACGUUUACCCGAUGCGUCUGCCACAAAUCUCACGAGAACUGGAAGACAGUUGCGCACGCAGCCGUCGCCAUCUUUAAAAUUAGAAGGAGGCGUAUGCAGGCAUUGCUGGUGUGCAGCCAGUUAAUUAAACUUGGACAAAUUUCCACAACAAAAGUAUUCCAAGCAUGGCUAAUCGAAAUAUGCAACAAGUUAACAUGCAAAGCAACAAUUCUCCUCAACCGGCGAGACGCGGAACCGACUCACCGGCCGCGGAGCAGACACCGGCGAACAAAGACAGCCCGGCCCCGCCGCCGAGGCAGUCCCCCGUUGCUGAACAAAUGGAAGGAGCCGUAGAAGGAAGCGGCGAAGGCCCGACAGAAAUGACCCUAGACAUUACUAGUUUCCGAAAGCCCGGUGAAAAGACGUUCACUCAGCGCUCCCGUCUUUUUGUCGGCAGUCUCCCGCCGGAUAUUCCAGAGGAGGAGUUCAAAAACAUGUUUUCUAAAUAUGGGAACGUCAACGAGGUGUUCAUCAACAGAGAGCGGGGCUUCGGCUUCAUUCGUUUGGAAACCCGAACUGUAGCAGAGAUCGCUAAAGCCGAGCUGGAUGGGACUAUUUUGAAUAAUCGACCAAUCAGAGUCCGCUUUGCCACACACGGUUCUGCGCUCACAGUGCGCAAUCUGCUGCCUGUGGUGACAAAUGAACUGCUGGAACAGGCGUUUUCCCAGUUUGGACCAGUGGAACGGGCUAUUGUUGUGACAGAUGACCGAGGUCGUCCCACUGGGAGAGGCAUUGUGGAGUUUGCAAGCAAAGUAGCAGCGCGUAAAGCUCUGGAGCGGUGCACCGAGGGAGCACUGUUGCUGACCACAACACCCUGUCCUGCCAUUGUGGAACCUGCAGAACACUUUGAUGAUGAGGAUGGCCUUUCUGAAAAACUGCUGCAAAAGACUCCAAAGUACUAUAAGGAACGAGAACAGAAGCCACGUUUUGCUCAGCCCGGGACGUUUGAGUUUGAGUUCUCAUCUCGUUGGAAAGCUCUUGAUGAGAUGGAGAAACAGCAGAGGGACCAGGUGGACAGGAACAUUAAAGAAGCUAAAGAGAAACUGGAGGCCGAGCUGGAGUCAGCCAAGCAUGAACAUCAGCUCAUGUUAAUGAGACAAGACCUAAUGAGACGUCAGGAGGAGCUGAGGAGACUUGAGGAGCUUCGCAACCAAGAGCUACAGAGACGAAAGCAGAUAGAGAUGAGGCACGAGGAGGAGAGGAGGAGGAGGGAGGAGGAGCUGAUGAGGCACAGAGAGCAGGAGGACCUGAGACGCCAACCAGAUGGCUUCAAACCAAACUACAUGGAAAACAGAGAACAGGAAAUGAGAGUGGGUGAGCUGGGCCCUCGUGGAGCCAUUAAUAUGGGAGAUGGCUAUAACCAGGCCUCUGCGGGGCCCAGUGGUAACCAAGGUCAAAUGAUGGGCAUGAGUGGAAGGGGAGGACCCACUGGCCCAGAGGGAACAGCAAAAAUGGGGACACCAUUGAUGUCAGAGAAUGGAGCCAUGCGAAAUGAUAGAUACCCACAAGGCGGACCCAUGGGAGGGCGACCCGAUGUUGACUCUCCAAAGCAGCAGCAGCCACAGCAGCCAGCACCAUUGGGCCCCCAGGCUGGACCGGCUCCAGGAUUUGGGAGGGGCAGUCCUGUGGGGGGAGUCUUUGAUGGACCAAAUAACAAGCGUCGUAGAUACUAACCUCUCUUGGUAUUCAUGGAUCUGUGUUAAUGAGCCCUAAUUAUUGUUUUUACAGUUUACAAGCCCGCUACCUUUCCUGGGCAUUUAUUUUGUAAUUGAUAAAAUUACAGAACAUGCUUUUUAUUUAAACUUGUCCUCAGUGUUUACUUUUUUGUAGAAUAUGAUUCUUCCCUCAGUGGUCUGAAUGAAGCGGGGGUUUUUUCAUUGUGGAUCCAUAGUUCCAUAGCAUUUUAAGGGAUGCUUUUAAGGGUCGGCAGGUUUGCAGUCGUAAUGACUUCUAUUGUGUGAGAUAAACUUUUAAGUUGGUUUAAGGGAAUUUUAAAAUAAGGUUACAAAAACACAAAGUCAAAGUUCUCAAAAAAUAGUGGUGCUAUUCCUGCAAUUUGACAGUCAGCACCAACAAAUGUUACAGUUUUAAAUAACAAAUAUUAAGUGAACACAAGAAUGUAUGAUAACAUGUUGCCGUCCUCAGUGUGUGCUGACCUGUAUGCAGGCACAACGAGUAAACGAUGAUAACUAUGGGUAGGAACUGUACAGUAUGUACUAUAGUAUGCUAUGGUGAUGUUUCACCUACAAAAACAGUUGAAUGAUGCAGUGAUUCAGCAGUGAUUUUUUUUUUUUGUUUUGUUUUGUUUUUUGUUUUUAUUCAUUACAAGACAGUUAUGAUGCAUCACAUUUCUGUUUCUUCACUACACAUUUACCUUACAGCACCAAAUCAAGACAUUGGUAUGGGAAGCCAUAUAUUAUUAUAUUGAUAUAUUGUUGGGUCCCCCACCGCACCCUUCCAGUUAUGUCAGACACCCGGUAAAAAUGUUUGCCCCGAGAUGUUAGGAACUGCUUUCAGCUCCUGUUAUGUGUUCUGCUAUGCUCAUCGUAACAAGCUGACGAGCUUUGUCAGCAUGGGAUUUUGAAUAUCUCUCCAAGACUGGGUUAUCAAGAUUAACAAGUGGUAACCUUUUGAAAUAUUUAUAAUUUGGCAUAGCAAACUGAAACUUAGACUUGUUACUUUAGAUUUGAGUCAAAUAUUGAAGUACAGUAUUUAGACAAAAGUACUGGGUAGAUUACAUCUACAGGAGCUGCUCAGCCAUGGGACUACAUGCCAUGAAACUCCUGGCUUACAGUUUUUGUGCUGAUGUUAAUGGUAGAGGUGGUCUGGAACUUGGUUGUCAGCAAAUGUUCCACACUUUGUAUCCAUGCAGCCAGUGACCCCACUCCAAAAAGAAACAGUUGCUAAGUUGCAGUUUUUGCUAAAUCAGUGGUCCCCAACCCCCCGGGCCACAGACUGGUACCGGGCCGCGAGUGUUGAGGCUUGGGUGUGAAAUUUAUGGUCUUCAGGGUUUUUAUUGGUUUUUAGUGCUAUUUUCUUUUUUUAUCGUUAACUCUGUUUCCCUGGAUCUUUUCCCGUGUGUUAUGAAUAAAUCUUCUUUUUUUGGUACCGGUACUGGUUUUAUUUUGUUGUAUUUUUCCACGACACCUUAAAGGCCAGUCUGUGAAAAUAUUGUCAGACAUAAACUGGUCCGUGGCCCAAUAAAGGUUGGGGACCUGCUAAACGCUUCUUCUUUGCAAUAAUACCACAUACAGUUGAUUGUGGUGAUAUAUCAGAGGCAAGAUCUUUCACAGGCUGCCUUGUUGCCAGCCGUUUAACCCUGUACUUUUGUCCAUGCAGUGUAUCUCCAUGUGACUGUUGGUUGUACUUGCUUUUUCUGACAUUUUCCAACCUACAGAACCAUUAAAAGAACACGUGCUAGCUUGUUCUUUGAAUUUUCACAUAUUCCUAUAUUCAGUAUUGGUUUUUGUGGCUACCUGUCAGUGCUAUAAUGAUAAAUAUCCCAGCAAAGGUAAAUUGCUAGGAAGGUAAAUUUUUAUGUCCUUAUAAUACUUCUUUUUUUUUUUCCUUUGUGUUUUGAUCGUGGUGUUUCCUUUGCACAUUCUUACAAUUUUUGAGGAGCUGUUCAGACUAAUGGAGAGUGAAUGUUUCAGCAGCUUAAAUCAUCCUGUAUUUGAUGGUGAAGAGAAAUAAAACAUUUGUAGGAACUUGUUUCCUUUUAAUCAAAAA